AUGGCGUACUCCACAGUGCAGAGGGUGGCCCUGGCCUCGGGGCUCGUCCUGGCUGUGUCGUUGCUUCUGCCCAAGGCCUUUUUGUCCCGCGGAAAGCGGCAGGAGCCACCGCCGCUCACCGAAGGGAAGUUGGGUCGAUUUCCACCUAUGAUGCAUCAUCACCAGGCACCCUCAGAUGGCCAGACCUCUGGGGCUCGCUUCCAGAGGUCUCACCUUGCAGAGGCCUUUGCAAAGGCUAAAGGACCAGGUGGAGGCACUGGAGGAGGAGGUAGUGGAAGAGGCCUGAUGGGGCAGAUUAUUCCAAUCUACGGUUUGGGGAUUUUUUUAUAUAUACUAUACAUUUUAUUUAAGCUCUCAAAGGGGAAAAGUACUGCAGAGGAUCGGAAGUGCUCUACUGCCACACCUGGAAGCACCCACAGGAAAAUUACCAAUUUUGAGCUUGUUCAACUACAAGAAAAACUGAAGGAGACUGAGGAAGCCAUGGAAAAACUAAUCAACAGAGUGGGGCCUAAUGGUGAGAGCAGAGCACAGGCCGUGACUUCUGACCAAGAAAAACGAUUGCUGCAUCAGCUCCGAGAAAUCACCAGGGUCAUGAAAGAAGGAAAAUUCAUUGACAGACCCACUCCAGAGAAGGAAGCUGAGGAGGCCCCUUACAUGGAGGACUGGGAAGGUUACCCUGAAGAGACCUAUCCAAUUUAUGACCUUUCAGAUUGCAUCAAGCGUAGGCAAGAAACAAUCCUGGUGGACUACCCUGACCCAAAAGAGCCCUCUGCCGAGGAACUAGCUGAAAGAAUGGGAGUGAUAGAAGGAGGAUCAGGCCAUUUGGGGUGGGAAAUGCCUACUGACCCCAGAGCUCAGGAAGAUAAUUCUGUUACCUCAUGUGACCCAGAGGCAGAAACAUGUUCCUGCUGUUUUCACGAAGAGGAGGAUCCUGCUGUCUUGGCAGAGAAUGCUGGAUUUGGUGCAGACAGUUACCGUGAGCAAGAGGAGACCACCGAAGAAAUGUGGCCCCGCGACUCGAGAGAUGAAGGGCCAGGCGUCAGUGCUGAUAAAGCAGAUCCAGGGGGCAUGCUGAGGAAGCGGGACCCCCACCGUUUAGAGUACAGACAGCCAGUUUGGUGA